AUGUUUCCAUCCUUGCCGAGUGAUGCAGGCACAAGUGGUGAGGAUAGGAGUCGCCUACUGGAGUUUCAGGGCUCAGGGGCGCAGCAGCAGAAGGGCCUGAUGAAGGGCCACGCAAUUUGGACCGCGCUAGAGCUGGAUUACAUCGACAAACUACGGCGGGAGUACCAACGGGUCUUCUCCUGGGCCGCGGUUGCGUUGGCAGCGGACGCCGAUGACGUAGCUGUGGGGUUGCACAUCAUUUCGGCUCUGUUGCGCCUUCAGUGGCAGCUGAUGGCUGAGGAGCGUGUAAGCAUUGCGAGGGCGGUAGCUGCGUCACUGGCAUCAAGGCGGGUUCCGCGUCCUUCACAGGGCGAGCCAUCCCCGUUGCCCUUUUCUUCUUGGAUUUCUGGACACGAGAUUGAGGUUUCCUCCAGGCACUUUCGCUCAUGGUUGUUUGGCAGCCGGAGGCGGCUUGCCCGACGUUUCGUCUCUCAAGGAUCUUUGCGCGGCUGCGAAACUGCCGCCCGCCAGUUUUUGCCUGUGGAAGAACGAGGCUCAGUUGACGGCGGAGGGACCCUCGCUAGUGGAGGGAGACGGGGGUCAUGGCACCGCGCAAAAAUGAGCCUCCCAGAGGUUUUCACGGGGCACCGUUGGCGUUGCCUGUUUCGGCGGCGGACCACAUGGAGCGUGACGGUGGCGAUUGCAGUGCCUUCCGACGGCCGAAUGCCGGCGUUGGCUGUGUCGGCUGCGAUCAGCGCUUGA